AUGGACCUGCGACCUCCGCGUGGGGCGGACUCCCGCGAUCUGGAUCCUAUCUUGGUUCGCAGGGUCGCCCAGGUUUGGGCAAGUGUGCUGGCUAUUGAGCUAACAGAGAUCAAGCCCACGUUAAGUUUUUUUCUCCUGGGUGGCAACUCCCUAUCCGCGAUGCGAGCGUGCAAGGAGCUGCGACGCGAGGGUAUACUCCUUGCCAUGUCCGACUUGUUUCUGCAUCCCACCUUGAGUGAGCUAGUAGACUUCAUCAUGAAGCACAACAAAACGAGGUCAUUGACGGAGCCUAGCCACAUAAAACGAAGCACGGAAUUCGAAGGCACGGCCCAAGAUAUUCUCCAAGAACUUCUGCUGAGGGCAGCCAGGGACUGUGCCGUCGAUCCAAAGAUGAUUGAGGAUAUCUACCCUUGUACAGCUCUGCAGACAGGACUUAUGGCUCUGAGUGAGAUUCACGCAGGGGCGUAUGUGGCGGAACACGCCUUCCACCUGCCAGUCUCAUGGACUGUGGCAGCCUUCCAAGAGGCCUGGCUCCGAGUACUCGCGGGGACGCCUAUUCUGCGCACCCGCAUCAUUCGAGAUCCCAACGGCAGGUCGCACAAUGUCACCCUGCGGCCGUCAGCGGACCCAGGAAUAGCUGUUCCGCAAGGGGCGUUGCCAGCCUUUGUGCCUCCCAUGAGCUGCGGGUCGCCCCUGUUCUGUCACUCUCUGGACACAGACCCAGAGCAUGAGAGGUUGAUCUGGCGCUGGCGAGUACAUCAUGCCAUCUACGACCGCUGGUCCACCCAUCUGAUUCUGGAUUUGAUGCAAAAAAUAUACAGGAAGGAGACUCCGAGCCCUUUGACUCCGUUCUCCCGAUUCGCCCGUGCCGCGGUUGAACAGGAGAGCUCCGAAGCCGCGAUCAGCUUCUGGCGGAACAAAUUCGAGUUAUUCAGUGGGACGGUCUUUCCUCAGCUGACCCUAGAUCAUGCGAAGUCUCGUGCCUCGGAUCAUCUCCCCUUCGAAAUCUCCAUUCCGCCGCGACGAUCCGCGACCACGCAGGCUACGACAAUCCAAGGGGCGUUGGCACUGCUGAUCUCCAAAGUUCAUGGCGAGUCGGAUGUGAUAUUUGGUACCACUAUUCACGGAAGAGCCCUAGCGAGUUGCCCAGACGCAGAGACAGUGGUGGGACCUGCCAUUGCCACGGUUCCUAUGCGCAUCCAAGUGGAGGGAACCACCUCAGUGGCGCAGUUUCUCGACGCAUUGCAAACUCAAGCGGCACUCGUGUCAGUCUAUCAGCAUUAUGGUCUGCAGAACAUCAAGGCACUAGGGCCUGGGCCGGCGGCGGCUGCCUCCUUCACCACUCUCCUGAUUAUCCAGCCCGAGAUGGAUGGAGAUGCCCCGGAUCCGCUCCACAUGAUCCACGAGAUCGAGCUCGGAACCGCAGAUGGCUACGUGGACUACCCUCUGGUUGUCGAGUGCUUUCCACAAGCCCAGAUUCUCAGGGUCAAGCUGUUGUAUGACCCAGUGGUCUUCUCCUCGUGGGAGAUGCAGAUGAUGGCUCAGCAAUUCAGGCACGCCUUUGACGCCCUACACACCACGCAGGAUCCGACAACAUUACUCCGAGACCUGAGUCUCCUGGAUAAGGAGAGCGUGCCCGCCGUUCUGCGCAUGAGCCGCGGCGAACUGAUUGACCACCGCGAGUGCCUCCAUGAACGAAUCUUUGCCAAAGCGCACGCUUGGCCGGACUCCGAAGCCCUUCACGGGUGGGACGCGCGGUACACCUACGAGGAGCUUCGGAGCCUGGUCUGGCGCCUGGCCUCGCGGCUCGCGCCCUUGCUACCCUGCAAGCCAGGGCAGAUUGUCCCCAUCUGCUACCCUAAGUCUGCCGCGGCCGUCGUGGCUAUGCUGAGCAUCCUGACAGCAGGCCACGCCUUCCUCCUGCUGGACCCCGCACUACCACCGCAGCGCAUCCGGUAUAUGAUCCAGGCGGCCAAGGCGGACCGCGUGCUCUGCACGUCUGCAACCCACCAUCUGGUGGCUGACAUGGGACCCCUUGUGGUCAAUUUCCAGAGCAUCUGGGACACUCCGUCCGUGGCGCCGGACGACGGUUUCUUCGAGCUGCAGACGUCGCCAGACCGCCCGGCCUACUGCAUCUUCACCUCCGGGUCAACGGGGGCCCCCAAGGGAGUGGUCCUGCUCCACCGACAGGUCACCAGCGGGCUCGAAAGUCAGAUCGCAGCCGGGCUUUACAAGCGCCAAUCUCGCCUGCUGCAGUUCGCAAGCUACAGCUUUGAUACGUGCAUUGCCGACAUCUUCGCGACCCUCCUGAGUGGGGGUUGCAUCUGCGUCCCACAAGAUGAGGACCGUCUGUUACGGCUAGCCGACAAUAUCAACGCAUUUGCCGCCACGGCCGUCGACCUGACGCCAUCCGUUGCCAGGAUGCUCCAACCGCACGAGGUGCCCGAUUUGCAAGUGCUGCGCCUUGGGGGUGAGCCGAUGCAUCAAUACCACGUCCAGACCUGGGCGAAUCGCUGCAAUCUCCAGAACACCUACGGUCCCACCGAAUGUUGCGUGCAGUGCACGUUCGUUGACCGGGUGCCCCAAUUCUUGUCGCCAGCUGUCAUCGGCAAGAGCAUUGGGUGUCAUCUCUGGGUUGUUGACCCGCAAAAUCACAAGUUUCUCAUGCCGCUGGGUAUGGUGGGCGAACUGGCAAUUCAGGGUCCCGCGGUGGCUAAUGGCUAUAUCAACAACCCGGCCAAGACGGAGGCGCUGUUUCUCCCCAGUGCCCCGUGGCUCGAGACCUAUGGUAUUGAUUGUCUUUACCCGGUCUACUUGACAGGCGAUUUGGUUCGAUUUAACGAGCAGGGCGACCUAGUCUUUCUCGGCCGCAGGGAUAGCCAGAUCAAGAUCCGGGGCCAGCGCGUCGAGCCGGAAGAAAUCGAGCACGUCCUACAGCAGGAUGAGAGGACGGACCAAGCUCUGGUUUGCUAUCCCACCACAGGCGUGCUCGCGAUGCAACUGGUCGCUAUCCUUGAGCCCUCCCCUGCCGCCGCCAGACUGUGCGCGCAAGAUCAGCCGGGGGCGUGGAUGGAGCCCAUCGCCCGUAAGGCUGCCGAGUUCUUGCCACUGCACAUGGUGCCCGCUGUGUUUCUAGCAGCCGACCAGAGCUUAUUGAUGUCAUCCGGCAAAUUGGACCGUCGCAGGGUACAGACAUGGCUGGAACGGCUGGCGCUGGAGGAGCUCGAAGCCUUGCAUUUGUAUCAUCCCGCCUCAGCGAGGCCACACGAUGCGAAGUCCACCGAAACAGCCGCCGACCUGCCCGACGCCCUGACAGCACCCAUCCUCAACCAAAUCCAGUCCCUUCUCGCAUGGAGAUCGCAUAUCGGUCCUCAAUCCGCCACAAAUCAUUCCCUUGUGCAUUCCUUCUCUCGUAUUGGGCUGGAUUCAAUCACCAUUAUUCCGUUCCUCCGGUGGAUCAACCAGACCCACUCCGUCCACUUGGACGUGCCCAGGGUGGACCGGCUCUGCCAGAAGAAGCAUCCUAUUGUUUUGGAGCGCGAGCUGUCCAAGAAGACCCCCUUAAGCCGACUGGUCGGUAAGGUGGCCGGGUCGCAGAUGACUCUGGUGCGACGUCUUUCUCGCCGCAUCAGCUCGCGAUUCGAGCCCCGCCGCGUGUUAUUGACCGGGGGCACCAGCCUUGUCGGAUUAAACAUUCUCACCCGCCUGCUCGAACGCUUUCCACGGACGCGGGUUGUGGUCCUAGUGCUCUGUAACACGGCCGACGAGGGUAAGGCCCGGCUUGUCGAGCGCGCCAGCCUCUUGCGGUCCUGGCGCCGCGACUUUACUCCCCGAAUCGAGGUUUGGCCCGGCGAUCUGAGCGCGACGCGGCUGGGGCUACUGCCGGCGCAAUGGGACGCGCAGCUGGGCGGACGAGGGGGUAACGCAACCAACUACGUAGACGCAGUUAUCCACAACGGGGCUGCGGUCGACUGGUUCGCGAACUUUGCGACACUUCAGGCAACGAACAUUGACGCGACGCUGCAGCUUGCGGAAUGCGUGCGAGACGCCGCCACUAUCACUCGACUUGUGUAUGUGUCCGGUGGGCCACAGUGGAUGCCAGACGAACCCGACACUGCGGCGUUGGAGCCGGUGACGGGGGAAAGCUCGGUGCAGCACCUCCACUCCAGCCUCGCCCAGUCCAACGCCUACGGGCGUACGAAGCUGAUCACCGGGGCAAUACUGCAACGCGCCGCCGCCCGCAGCAUGGAUCUAGCCGGCAAGGUGGCCGUGCUCCGCCCAGCACUUAUUAUCGGUGCUGCUGCCGAUGGGGUGGUCAACAUGGACGACUUCCUCUGGCGCGUGGUCCGCGGCUGCUGUGCCCUAGGGGCAUUUCCACGCGAGGACCCGGCGGAAGACUGGAUCUACCUCUGCGGCGCGGACUACUUUGCCAACCUGAUCAUCUCCCGGCUGACGGCCGUGCCGCGCCCCGGGGAGAUUAAGGUCCUUGCCGGCCUGACAGCCAGUCGCUUUUGGGCCAUCGUGCAGCAGGAACUUGGGGUCUCUAUGGAGGCCUUGGACGUCCCGACCUGGUUACACCGGCUGAAACGGAGCAUUGCCGCGCAGACCACUCAUCACCAUUCCGCUACUGAAGUCCAUCCCUGUCAGCCGAUUCUGCAUAUGCUUGAGAGCUCCUCAUCUGGCCCGCUGGGCGCGGCCCGGCCUCGAAUCUGUGCGGAUACAGAACGGCGUCGCCGGAUGGAGGCGGAAGCGGCCCGCGUGGUGACGAUGAAUGUGCGGUACAUGCACAAGAUCGGCUCCUUCUCUACUGCUGAGGAGGCCUGGUCGGAUCAGGUUUUCCACCGAAAUAAAACACGGUAG